AUGGAUGAAAUUCCAUCUGAUUGUGGCCAGAGACUGCUUCCAACAUUAAUUGACCACUAUGCGAAGUCUCAACCAGAAAGAACUUUUGUUGCUAUCCCAGCCGCAAAAGAUCUCAAAGGUGGAUGGAGAGAUGUGAGCUAUCUCAACUACUCCCGAGCCAUCAACUGGUGCUCAUGGUGGAUCGAAGAGCACCUUGGCAGAGGAAAUGACUUUGAAACAAUGUCAUACAUGGGACCACUUGAUCUUCGAUAUCUGAUCAUACUCAUGGCUGCCACAAAGACAGGCUAUACUGCCUUCUUCGCUUCCAAUCGCAAUAGUCUAAACGCACACCUGUCCCUUCUCAAAUCCACCAAGUGCAACACACUUGUGAUUGCUGAAAAUGGAGCACCCGUGAUUUACAAACAGAUCAUUGCACAACGGCCGAUGCGUGUUAAAUCUAUGCCCGAUCUAGACAUCUUUCUGAAUCUGGACGACAAAGUCACAACUUAUCCAUUUGAGAAGACAUUUGCUGAAGCACGAUAUGAUCCAUUGAUAAUAAUGCAUACAUCUGGUUCAACCGGGUUUCCCAAGCCAGUCUUCGUCAAGCAUGGAACCUGGGCAGCCAUGGAUGCGUACCAAAUGAUACCACCAAGCAAUAAAGGACCUCUACACUCCGACUAUCUGAGAAGGAGGCGAGUGUUCCUCAAUCUGCCGAUGUUUCAUGGAGCAUGUGAAUGUUUCAUAUAUGGCAUGGGUGUAUAUGGCGGAGCGAUUCCCGUUCUCCCACCCUCGGGCCCUCGAACUGCGGAAGUAUUAGAUAUGGCACAUAGAUAUGCCAAUGUCUUUGGUAGCAUUGCACCACCUUCUAUCUUGAAAGAUCUGUCUGAAACACCAAGAUACUUUGAUGGCAUCACCAAUCGAGUGAGUUUUGUUGGUUUUGCGGGCGGUUCUUUGUCGCAGGAAAUUGGAAACAAAAUCUCCAAGACAAUCAAGGUCAUUGGAUAUUUUGGGUCAACGGAGACUGCAUAUCUGCCAUGUCGUAUCUCGAACGUUCAGGAUUGGUUAUACUAUAAUUACAGCUCAUACCUGGGCCACGAAUAUCGGCCUCGACCUGACGGACGGCAUGAAAUGAUAAUUGUGCGCGACCCGAAGCUAGAACUAUAUCAAAGCAUAUUCUGUACAUUUCCUCAAUUGAAAGAGUACUCAACAGCCGAUUUAUAUGAACAGCAUCCGACAAAGCCAGGUUAUUGGGCACAUCGUGGAAGAGCCGAUGAUAUCAUCGCUUUUUCGAGCGGUGAAAAGACGAAUCCUAUAACAUUUGAGGAAACAGUGGCAGCACAUCCCGCCAUUACAGCAGCGUUUGUGGGGGGUAACAAUGAGUUUCAAGCAUCCCUUCUUGUCGAACCUAAGAUAUUUCCUGCGACCAAAGAAGAGAAGUUGGCCUUGAUAGAUACGCUGUGGCCUACGAUCCAAGCCGCCAAUAGAGACUGCCCCGCACAUGCGCGUGUUCUGAGAAGCUUCAUCAUCAUAGCAUCAGCAGACAAACCCUUUCCACGCGCAGGGAAAGAGACCAUUCAAAGGGCUUCGGUACCUGUCUUAUACGCUGAAGAACUCGAGAGGCUGUACAGUGAGAAAGCAGCCGUUGAUACUCAAGGUUCACUAAUAGAAGGCGUGGAUUAUGGAAACCUUAAACACUCGCUCCACAACUUAGUUGCCACAAACUUUUGGUUACAAGGAGAUCUUGAUGAUGAGAUGGAUUUUUUUGAGGCAGGUUUGGACUCAUUGCAACUGCCCGGAUUCAUCAAGCAGAUCAAUGCAUUUCUCAGCACAGUGAAGCCUGGAUCUGAGCCGGUAUCGACUGAGACGAUUUUCGCAAAUUCAAGUAUUGAUAGAUUGUCGGAGGCUAUAGAGAUCAGCGGUGGUGAACGUUGA